CGAGAUCUCGUACCUUCUAGUGGAGCUUUUCUCGCCGCACCACCAACUUGUCACCAAAGAUGGCGAUUUGCUGAGUGCUCAUGGAUACACACAUUUCUCGGCUAGUUGUUAUCUUACCAGAAACGCCAACUUUAAAACAAAUUUACUGCUUAGGGAGCAACUAUUUCUCCACUUGAAGCACAUCUGACAUAUCGUCAGCCAUCGCUACCAUGCAGAUCACGCUUAAAACACUGCAACAGCAGACCAUUCAAAUUGAAAUAGACCCCGAACAAACGGUGAAGGCCUUGAAAGAGAAGAUAGAAGCAGAAAGAGGAAAAGACAACUUUCCAGUAUCUGGGCAGAAGCUGAUAUAUGCUGGAAAAAUCCUGCAAGAUGACACACCUAUUAAGGACUACAAAAUUGAUGAGAAGAAUUUUGUUGUAGUGAUGGUGUCCAAGGCAAAGCCCGCAGCUGCCGCCUCGCCUUCAGUCUCGGAAGCACCCAAGCCCCCUGUACAGGACUCUGGCUCCACGUCAACAGCUGUCCCGGCCACAACCCCAGCUUCAGCUUCAGCCCCAACCCCAGCAGCUGUCCCCAUUCCCCUGGAGGAGGCCAAAGAGGAGCCAAGUGCCGCAGCCACAGAACCACAACAACCUGCAAGCUCAAGUGGUGGGGGUCAGGGGUUGGAUGCCUCCUCAGCACUGGUGACUGGAGCCGAAUACGAGGCCAUGCUGACAGAGAUCAUGUCUAUGGGCUACGAAAGGGAGAGAGUGGUGGCUGCGCUACGGGCCAGUUUCAACAACCCCCACAGAGCUGUGGAGUACCUUCUCACUGGUAUCCCCAGCAGCCCAGUGCAGGAGAGUAAUCCCCCAGCGCAGGCCCCCGCAUCUGGACCCACAGAAGCCCCGGCAUCUCUAGCAGAGGGAGAGAACCCGCUUGCAUUCCUGCGGACCCAGCCCCAGUUUCUUCACAUGAGACAGGCCAUCCAGCAGAACCCUGCUCUGCUGCCAGCUCUUCUCCAGCAACUAGGCAGGGAGAACCCUCAACUUCUACAGCAAAUCAGUCAGCAUCAGGAGCUGUUCAUCCAGAUGUUGAACGAGCCAGUGGGAGAGGGGGGAGAGGCGCCAGAGGUUGGAGAGUUGGGGGCAGCGGGGGAGGAGGGCGCACCUGUCAACUAUAUCCAGGUUACACCUCAGGAGAAGGAAGCCAUCGAAAGGUUAAAAGCGUUGGGUUUCCCUGAGGCUCUGGUGAUCCAGGCCUACUUUGCCUGCGAGAAGAACGAGAACCUGGCAGCCAACUUUCUCCUCAACCAGGGACUGGAAGAUGACUGAACAGCAGAGAUCGCUGCCUUCCUGCUCCUCCCUCCUACCCUUCCCCUCUUCAGCUCAGCAUAAAGACUGCACCCCCAAUUUACUGUACAGCUACCAACCUCAGCUCAACCCAACAGGAGGGGAGGGGAGGAGAGGGGAGAGCCAGCAGGGGGUGCGGGUGGGGGUGGGAAGGGGAGACGGGGUGGGUUAGGGUAUGGCGGGGGUCACACGCUUAAAGUACACAAAGUGGAGGUUGUGUGCAGGAAGGUCAGACUUGGAUUAUCGGAGGUUGGGGUGAAAACGUGUGGAAUGAUAAAAUCCACGUGAAUUCCAAUGGAAUGUGUGGGGUUUGUCUAGGGGAGAUCUAUAAUUUGAUUUUAGACGCGCUUUGUGAACAUUAGGGGGGGAGGGGAUGGGAGGGGGGCAACAGGUCUGAAGGGUUUGCGACGAGAGUGAGUGUUUGUGUCUGCGUGUGUGUGAGUACAUGUCUGUGUGCCUGUGCAGAUGGAUGCGAUACAGUUAAGCUGAAAAAGUAAUCAAUUUGCAUUCUCUAAGUUUGUUAAUGCUGUAGCUGGAUUGUAUGGAAGCACAUUCUCCUCACUGCACUUCAACAUUAUCAGUGUGUGUAACUGCUUGUGUGUACCUCUCUAAGCCUGAUGUACGUACACGUCCAAGAGUGAAAUUGGCAGAGAUCGACUGGACCGUGCUGCCCUUUGUAUGUCUGACAUGAUGUUGCUGGGGUCUAUCAGUCUGUUUUGGGGGGAAAAAUGGGAACUAAACUGACAAAUAAGUA